AUGUCUUCACAUGGAGCGGAUCGGCUGGACAAGGGGUUUCCUAUCAAAGCCAAGUUUCCAAACGGGCACAUUAUGGCGAUGGAUGUUGGCUACGUCGGCCAAGUCUACCUUCACUUUGCACCAGACGGCACGGUAAUCAAAGCUGAGGCCGAUCUUAUCGACGCGGCGUUCAAGCACAUUAUCAUCGACGACCCGGAAAUCCUGCGCAUUUUUAGCAAAAAUGGCGACACUAUCGACAUGAACAUUCUACACCCAGCGGCGGUGUUCGCAAUUGAGUCCCUGAACAUUGUCAACUCUGAAGAAGAGUAUUUCCUAGACGCAACCUGGGACAAUGGACGACUGAUAAACGUUACUCAAUCUAGUCGCAGGAUAGCUUAUAGGAUAAACACGACCUUGGACGGGCCACAGGAAGCAGAGGAAGGCGCUGUGCACAAGCGAAUCCGCGAGUCUAUCGAGACCCAGCUGACUGAGAAGGCCGCAAGAGGAAGACCUGGGAGGAAACGAGCGACCGAGGCCCGACCAAGCGAUAAGAUUGCCGUGCCAGCACUACCAGCCAAGCGACAAAGGGCUACCAAAUCAGUAGUUGAGCUCCCGACUGAGUCAACGCCAACACGGGAUGUCAGCGAGGAAGCCGAUGAAACACAACAGGACUAUCAGCCGGAAAAGUUCACCCCACGGAGGCGUGCUCCAAGACAACAUACCCCACGAAAACGCGCCCCGAAGCUCUCCAAGACUCCGGAGCUAAACGAGAAUGACGCACCGAAGUUGACCAAGACACAAAUCGCAAUGCAAGCAUUAUACCGCGUUCUCGAUGUACUUCCCGACGACCAUCGCGAGACAUACAGACACUUCGCCACCGUCGUCCGCAAGGAAGUUGCCAAGGACGAAGAAAGGACGCUCGAGUUCCACCGGCAGCUCCGCCAAUUCGUUGAUCAGCAUGGCAUCCUCGAACAGCACAAUGAAUACGUCAAACUGCUCAAAGCCAGUGGACCCAACAAAGCUUUCCAAAUGCCGUUUUUCGAAGACGAGGGCGCUUCUUAG